UAUUAUACAAUAUAGAAUUCUGUCUUGUAGGGCGAUACACGUAGAAAUUGACAAGGGCCUUAAGGCGUGUGCUUGAAAUUAGACUCAAGAAAUUGGCUACGAGUUAAGGCGAGCCCGAGAUGAUGAAAUGUUCCGUCAGGAUGGCUGGGGAAACGGAGUACGUUAUGAUCAAUAUAGAGACGUGUCACCGCGUGAAAUCUGCGUCGCGUGGUUCUACGCGCCUCCUCCAAUGCAUGACGUAACCCACCGCUUGGCAAAAACCAAAGUUCUAGAACUUUUUCGGACUGUGCACGUACCAGGGCCUAGCGUGUUUUCGCCGAACCAGAGUCGUAUCCAUUAUCUCUUCCCGCUAGAGCAUACCUCCCAAAAAGAUCUAGCUAUUUGAUUGGAUCAGGGUGUAAUAUUUCGCGCGGAAUCCUGAAGAAAAAUCGCUUAAAA